UGGGAGAGAGCUGAGGCCCGCGGGAGAGCAGCCGCUUGUCGCCGGCAGGGGCUGGGUCCGCAUCAGCCCCGGCGCGUUAAGGCGUUCUCCGAGCGCGGCGGGCGGGCGGUGCCGCCGGUGGAGGAGCCCAUCUGUUCUGUGCGCGGCAUUUCGGUGGCGGUACCUCGGCCAGGGAGGGAGCGGUAGCUCCGGCUGCCGUGGGUGACGGGGAGCCGGGGACAGGAAAUCACUGUAUAGAAGGCCACCUCAGAUUUUGAUAAGCAGGCAUGGCUGUCACGCUGCAUACUGAUGUGGGAGAUAUUAAAAUUGAACUAUUCUGUGAGCGUACUCCAAAGACUUGUGAAAAUUUCCUGGCUCUUUGUGCUAGUAACUACUACAAUGGAUGCGUAUUUCACCGAAAUAUAAAGGGCUUCAUGGUUCAGACAGGAGAUCCAUUAGGCACUGGGAAAGGAGGUAACAGCAUCUGGGGCAAGAAGUUUGAAGAUGAAUUCAGUGAAUAUCUAAAGCACAGUGUCCGUGGGGUAGUUUCCAUGGCAAACAAUGGUCCCAACACCAAUGGAUCACAGUUCUUCAUCACUUACGGCAAACAGCCUCACCUGGACAUGAAGUACACGGUGUUUGGAAAAGUUAUUGAUGGCUUGGAGACCCUGGAUGAGCUGGAGAAGCUGCCCGUGAAUGAGAAAACCUAUCGACCUCUUAAUGAUGUUCGCAUUAAAGACAUUACAAUUCACGCCAACCCUUUUGCUCUGUAGCCACAGAAUGCCACAACACAUUCUGCAGAGACUGCUCAGAUAAUUCCCAGAUUAUGGGGUUUAAAGAGCCAUCAAAAAGGGUUACUUCAGCUGGAUCAUAUCUUUGCUUAUUGAAUGCAGAAUUUUCAGGGGCUUUAACAUUGUUUGGGAAUUGUCACAGAGAAGUCUGCUGCUUCAGAAGCCAGGUUUUCCAGAGUAUCUUCCAGCGUUUUAAUUUUUAAGCAUUGUUUUUUAUACUUGUAAAAUAAAAAAAAAAUUAAUUUUUUUUCUUAA